CUACAGAUCUGCUCCCCUGUCCUGCUAAAGCUCCUCACCUGCAGACAGACUCACCUCCAGCACCAGGACAGUCCUGAUCCAGACCAGAACAUCCUCACCAACAUGAACAGGAUCCUGCUCAGCAUCUUCGCAGUGGCACUCUGCUUCUCAGUGGCCCACACUCUGCAGUGCUAUAAGUGCACUCUGGGUUUUUGGGAUCUGUGCGUGACCUCUAAAGAGACGUGUAACGGUGAUCAACAGUGCUUCAGUGGAGUCGGAAAAGCAGUUGAUGUUGUUAAGGUGAAGAGUAAGGGAUGCCUGCCUGUGGGCCUAUGCAACAAGACAGCCCCGGAGACCCUCCUCACAGUUUCCUACAAUGUGACCAAGACAUGCUGCAACACUGACCUGUGUAACUCCGCCUCCGGCCUGUCCAUCAAAACCCUCACACUGGCCCUGACCUCCCUUACCUCAGUCCUCAUCGCCAAGGCCAUGGUGUGAGGGGCACCAGCUUAUACUACAUACACACAUACAUAUACAUAUAUACAUAUAGACAUAUAUAAACAAGUACAGUACUGUGCAAAAGUCUCCUUUACAAAAGUCCUAAGACAUGUAAGAAACAAUUUUUUAAUUUUUAUAUUUGGACAUACUUGGAUACCAUAAAAUUUAAUACUAUAAUAACCAAUAAACUGUGAUUAUUAUGUGAGCUAGGUUGGGUUCAGUUGGGUUUUAGCUCUGGGUGGGUUUGUUGUACUGUGUAUAGGUUUCUACUGAGACCCAGAUUGGCCAUCCAUAAGAACAGUAAAUGUACAAUGCAAAUGGUACCAUGUUUAACUUCCACCAAAUCUGGUUCCAUCACAUCUGGUUGGUGUCAGUAGGUUUAAUACUAACUAAUAGAUAAUAAAAUAAACAACAUACUGUAUAUAACCACUGUUCUGAGAGUGUGAGUGUUUUAGCCUCCAACUUAUCUCAAUCAUGGCCAAUUGAUAUUCCCAAUUUCUAUCCAGUCCCCAGUCCGUCAUUAAAACAAAUCAUAAGUAAGCUGCUGGUGGAACUGAGCAAAUCCAUGCAUACAGUACCUGAGAAUGUUCACUGAGAAAGAAGAUCAGAACCCAAAUCUAGUUUCUUCUAAAUGUCCAGUUUUUUCUAACGUCAAAAUAAGAGCAUGGGCUACAGGGUUUCCUGGUGUGUUUUUGAGGUAGGUAUGGGUUUUCAGUGGGUUUGUAAAUGUGUUCUUCCUGGGACCUAGUUGGGCUUUCCAAAUAGGACUCUAUGAAUGUGGACAGACCAAAAUACUAGAAACUGGAGGUCAGAUUUCCAUUUUAACAACACUUUUUGAAUCACUCAUAAAAGCCGAAGAAAAAAAGCCAUAAAUAUUUUAUAGCGAUUGGCAAAAUACAUAAUUUUUCAGCUUGUUUUGGCUGCUGCUCUUGCGCAGAUCUCCACAUCAGCUGGAGCUUCUCAUUCGAGCGUGCUAAACCUCGUCCUUCACUCUUUUGGCUCAACCAGAAAGCUGAUUGGUUCUUUUUGUGUUGAAAGGCGGGACUUUGUUUGGCUACUGCACUUGCGCAUAUCUCAACAUCAGGUAGAUCUUUUUAUUCGAGAAUACUAAGCAUAGGCUCACAUCUCUAUGAAUGGGGAUUGACCAAAAAAAGAAUUUCUAUUUUCAUAAAACAUUUUUUAAAUCACUCAUAAAAUCUGAUGAUAAAAAUCUCAUAAUUAUUUUAUAGUGAUUGGCAAAAUACACAUUUUUCAGCUCGUUCUGGCUGCUGCUCUUACGCAGAUCUCCACAUCAGCAUACUGAGCAUAAGCUCACAUCCCUAUGAAAGGGGAUUGACUAAAAUACAGAAUUUUUAUUUUCAUAAAACAUUUUUAAAAUCACUCAUAAAAUCGGAUAAACAAAAACCUAUAAUUUUUUAUAGUGACUGGCAAAAUACAUAUUUUUUUAACUCGUAUUGGCUGCUGCUCUUGCGCAGAUCUCCACAUCAGAGCUUUAGAUUCAAGCAUGCUGACCUUCCUCCUUCACUCUUGGCUCAACCAGCAAGCUGAUUGGUUCUUUUUGUGUUGAAAGGCGGGACUUUGUUUGUAGACAGAGGUUUUUCACCUUAUUCUGGCUACUGCAUUUGCGCAGAUCUCCACAUCAGGUAGAGUUUUUUUAUUCAAAUGGGAACUGACCAAAAUGCUGAAUUUACAUUUCAAAAAACAAAUUUUAAAUCACUUAUAAAAUCAACUUAAAAAAACAAAAACCCAUAAUUAUUUUAUCGCGAUUGGCAAAAUAUAUAAUUCUUUAGCUCGUUCUGGCUGCUGCUCUUGCGCAGAUCUCCACAUCAGCUAGAGCUUCUCAUUCGUGCAUGCUGACCCUCCUCCUUCACUCUUGGCUCAACUAGCAAGCUGAUUGGCUCUUUUUGUGGUCUGCUUGUUAAUAUUGUCUCUAGUACAACCCAAACAGGGCCCAGGUUCCCCGAUUUCUGAUCCCAUCACUGACCUAGAUGGGGCUAAUGAAUAAUAUCUAUAUAUGAGGCCAAUAUUUAACACAUGUACCUGUGAAUUCUCAUUUUAUCCACAGUUUAACACGUUAAAACACUCACUUCAGAGUUUUAAACCAUUUUAUUGGCUACGUUUGCACAGUACUGUAGAUUUAAAAUUCAUCAAACAUGCACACACUGUCACAGAUUUAUUCAAAUUAAUUGUAUUUCUUUAUAAUGUAUCACACAGGCACAAAGGUGAAGUGCCACACAUUGCCAAAUAAUGCCAAAGAUGCCAAUUGACUAGUCCAUACCUGGAUUUAUUUGUUUAUUAUGGAUGAAUAAAAGGGUGAAUUAUGUUUUAUCACUUUUCUUUGCUUGCAUUGAAUUCAGUAAAAUGCUGUAGCUCUUCUUAAAGAUUGUGUGAAUGAUUAGAACAAUUUUUAGCCUAAACUCAACGAUAACAGAUAAAAUUUACCAUAAAUAUAGAGAUAUCCUAUUGAGCUUCAGGCAAAACCAAAUCAAUUCAACCUUCGUUUGCAUUGUUUGAAGUGAUCAAAUCAGCCACCAUCUAUAAAACAGGAAAACUGGCAAAUUAUUGGAUCUAAAACUAAAGAAAUUCAAAUUUUCUAAUGAACUAUGUUUGGAAUUCAUUAUAUAUUAAAUCUAGAAAAUUGACAACUUGAAAAUGUUCUUUUACAAUGAUAAGAGUUAAUUUUACAUUUUAGAAUUAAUUCUAAAUUUAAAAUAAAAUUGUGGUUUAAAUUGAAAAAAAAAAAAGAAUUAGUUUUGUAUUUGGAUACGUGUUGAAGAAUGUAUACAUGUAGAAGAAAGUAUGAAAGUGGCUCAGAUCUGAUUUAAAACUCCAACAUCAUUUCAGUGAAAUCCUGUAUGUAUUUUUUUUUUAAUCCAAUGGUGUUUUUUUUUGUUUUGUUUUUUUGUAAGUGAAAUGUUUUAAAAGCCUUUAAGCCAAAGUACACCUGUAAUAUUGCUUGUGUUUUUUUCCCCUUUAUUUUAUUAUUAUUAUAUGUUUUUUUUAAUAUAGGGGGUUCUUUCAGCAUUUAGGUAAAAUUUAUAUAUAUAAAUAAUAUGAUAAAUGUCGUCUAGAAUUUCAAUGAAAACUCUGUAAGAUCAUGAGAAAAAAAGGAACAGGGUGCUUGAGAUGAUGUAAGUUACGUAAUUCCAGUACGUAGCUCAACUGAUCAGGUGCUACAUGGUGUUGCAAGUUCUUUCAGUAUCAUGGUAGAUGGAUAAAGAGAGUAUAUUUUUGUGAACAGUGAUGUUAAUGUAUGUGGGAGUGAUGCAGCUUUAAUGACUUUCUUAUCCUAAGCUAAACGUAAGCUAAGCCAGAUACUUACACUUCCAAUAUUGCAAGAUUUUUGAGGAACUUUUAUUGUGAAGAAUCACCUUUUAAACAUUUCCUCCACAGUUUCAAACUGAGGAACUUCCAAAAGGUCAUUGUAAGGUCUUGUAAUUUUAGCAGUGUAGGAACACUUUUAUAUACAUAAAGAGUUCUUAACUUACUAUAUGAUAGUGAUCUGCAAAAAUGUUUUAUAAUUUCUGGUCUAAAAUUUCUUGUUAUUUGAAUUGAGUUGUUAAAAAUGGUCGCUGUACUCUAAUCUGUUGGGACUGUUUUGAUUUUUGCCAGAAUAAAACUGCCACUAUUAAAGAAAUUGACACAA